GGAAGGUCUGCACUGUGUGGUAGUGUGGGAGUUCAGGAGAGAGAGCUGAACAAAGUUAGAGACAGAGAGAGACAGAAAGCCAAAGCGAUGGAGCCUGUGUUUUCAGCUUUGCCCUUCUCAGCCAUAGUGUCCUUGUUCCUGUUGUUAUCUCCCUUAUGCCUCUGCCAAGAGCUGCAAGAGAAGGAUGCUCUGUGCAGCCCUGAAGGAUGCUAUGCACUUUACUCCCAGCGCAAAACCUUCCUGGAUUCCUGGAGGAGUUGCAGAGAUCGGGGAGGCAAUCUGGUCACAGUUAAACGUCCGGAAGAAGCUGCUUUGAUUGAAGAACUGUUCAACAUGCAGCCCCACAGAGGGACGAAGCUGAGAAUCUGGAUUGGGCUUCAGCGCCAGCCUAGGCAGUGUUCUGCAACCAGACCCCUGCGUGGUUUCACCUGGAUCACAGGGGACCAGGACACCCAGUAUACAAACUGGUUGCAGGAGGAUUCAGUCAGUACCUGUGCUGCGUCGAGGUGUGUGGUGAUGACCUACAGCACUGCCCCGCAUGAACAAAGCCAGAACUUCAAAUGGCUUGACGGUUCCUGCACCUUGCCUGUGGAUGGAUACAUGUGCAGGUAUAACUACAAAGGCAUGUGCUCCAGCAUCGAGGCAGAGGGAGGGGGGCCAGUUUUGUACACCACCCCCUUCCAUUUGGCCAGCACCCUUCUGGAUCAUAUCCCCUUUGGGUCGGUGGCAACUGUGCCCUGUCCAGAUGGCACAAAGGAGGACCAGUCGGUGCUCUGCAUGCAGAAAGAGGAUGGCAGCAUCAGCUGGUCAAAGGAUGGCCCCUUUUGCACUGAACCUGCUAAAAGUGAGUGUGAUAAGGACAAUGGGGGCUGCCAGCACUACUGUGUUGUCGACGGCACCUUUUACUACUGUGAGUGCUUGGAAGGCUACGUUCUGGAGGAUGAUGAUCAAACCUGCAGCCCUGCUGAUUUCUGCCGGGAGGAUCCGUGUGAGUUUGAGUGUGUGAGCACUAAGGAUGGCUACCUCUGUGCUUGCCCUGAAGGGUACAUUCUAGCCACCAAUGGCCGAGACUGUGUUGACGUGGACGAAUGCCUCCAGAGCCCGUGCGAGCAGCUCUGCAUCAACGCGCCGGGGACUUUUGAGUGCCGCUGCCAGGAAGGGUACCUGCUUGAGGGAGGCAGCCAGUGCCAGGAUAUUGAUGAGUGCCAGGAAAAUCCUUGUGAGCAUGCUUGUGAGAACACUCCAGGAUCGUACACCUGUCAUUGCCACCUUGGAUAUUCACCCUCUCCUGAAGACCACAGCCAGUGCCUGGACACAGAUGAAUGCCAAAUCCCAGGCACAUGUGAGCAAAUGUGUGUUAACUACAUUGGGGGUUUUGAGUGCCACUGCGAGGAGGGUUACCUGCUGAACCCUGACGGCUUUACUUGUGAUGCAGAGGAAGCUGACUGGCCAUCCACCUCUCCUGCCACUGAUUUACUGACCACUGCACCCAAUCUCCUCGAAUGGCUGACCGAUGAUCCCAGUUACCAGUGGAUAACUGAUACCCCGCCUGCUUUUUACGCCCCGGAUUGGGGGAGCUCCUCUGAACUUGUCUCUGAACCAACUCAAGAUUUGUGGGUUGCUCAACCUACUCCUGAUUUAACAGACACUGCCCCACCAACCCCUGAUUGGUCAGGGGUGGCAGAACCUACUUCUAACUGGCUGACGGAGACACCACAAGUCCAGGAUUGGGCCCCUGCUUCUACCACAAUGAAUUUCUGGAGCGGGCUGAUCAGCACAACCCCUACAGCUGCCUCUGAAGAGAGCAUCAGACACGCAGGCACUAUACAGGCCAGUCCAGGUGAUAUUGGACCGGAAAGAGCUUCCGGGGCAGAAUCUAGAACUGGGGAAAAACUGGAGGAAAGGGAAACAGAAGGAUAUCCCAAGCCAGGUUCUGUCCAAACUGACUUGGUCCCAGUGGAUCCAGUCCCUACAUCCACGGAGGUUGCUCAAAAAGUUCGCGAUGGGGGUGUGGUGGAAGGAUCAAUUCCAGACAGCGAGGAGGACAAGGAGACCAGACCAUUAGAGGAGGGUGGAGGGGUCCGUGCCACUCAGGACCGGCACCAGCCCUCUUCCUCCCCUGCUGCCCCCCUGUCCCUCAGCACCGAGGGGAGCAUGAUAAGUGGGACCCGGAGAAAGCAGGACAAUAACUGGCUCUUGGUCGCGCUCUUGGUGCCACUGUCUAUCUUCGUGGUGGUGAUGUUGGCACUGGGCAUAGUGUACUGUACCCGCUGUGCCCUUCAGCCUCAGAGAAAAAGUGUGGCAGACUGUUACCGAUGGAUCACCAAUUCCUCUGAGCCCUCCACAUCCUGUAAAUCCCAGGUUUAGGCUUCUGGCGAUGUCAUGUAAAUAAAAUGCUAAGUUAGUACUGUUGAACUGUACUACAACUUCCCUUUGCUGCGCUGCAGUUUUGCAAAAGACUGAAUUUGAUUAAACUAAUUUUGGGAUUUACUGUUGAAGACACCCCUCAUGUUUAGGAUUCUGUGAUUCUGUAACUCUAAGCACUUUUUCUUGACAUUUUGCAGCCAAAUUACUGUAUUUUCUCUAUUGACUUUUAUAUAUAUAUAAUGAUAUUGUUAUUAUUAAUAAUGUUGUUCAGGUCAUUAAGUGGUGCUAAUUAGGAAUAUGCAUACAAUAUGAAUCCCUUAACAAAUUUUAGAAUUGGAAUAUUAGUAAAUUGAAUAAAUGCAAUAGUAUUGUUUAAAGGGGAAGCCAUUUUUGCCACACAUGUAUUAUUCUUCCUGUUUUUUGUUUGUUUGCUUUUAAUGUACUCACAGGUUAUACGGUGAGGUUCUUAUACAGAGGGAAACUGACCCCCUGAAAAAAAUCAAUGGUAACAUUUAACCCUCUAUUGCUAAAACAAAAGCCAAACCGCAAAACUGAUCGAGAUAAUUAACAUGAACACAAAAUCAAGGACAUUUUAUCAACACUUUUAAAAGCUGAAAUAAAACUCACCGUCCGGUCCACUUCAUUGAUUGAUUCAUUGUAACAUUUUAAAGCAAUAUGCCAAACUUUUUGUUUAUGGUACAGAGCCAUUGUGAGUAUUGAAACUCAGGGCUCAAUCUGAAGCUGAGGUGCAUUUACAAAGCUGAAUGAAACAACUGAAACGAUAUUAAACUUAGCAGUCUUCAUCACUAAUAACAUGUAGACCAUUCAAGUGUUUUUAUUCAGCUGCACAAAAUUGUCUUCAGUAGAGGACCCUUUGUCAUUUUUACCAAAAUCUUCAGAGUUGAUGUAAUGUUUGACAUUGCGCUCUAUCUGAAAUUAAGCUAACCUAUCGUUUUUAUAUAGAACAGGGUCAAUAUACUGUCAAUGGGGAACAAAGUCAAAACUGCAGAUUUGGACAAUUACUAAGUUAGACCCUUAAUAAAUGAUUACCAUCACAAUGAAAGUUCUUACCAAAUUGUCAGCAUUUCACUGUACCAAAUUUGCCACCUUAUCCUUUGAAGCUUCGCGUCAUUAAAACGCAUACAAAAUCUCAAAUACAGAAACAUGAGCUACACUGAGCACUUCUGUUACAUUAUUAAAUAAUGCACAGACACCAAAUGAUUUGAUGGUAAAAAUAACUUUGAUGUAAUUCAUGCUGUUACUGUACGGAGUUCUACCCGCAGCAUGCUGUGCUGAGUGUAUGCCCUCAGCAGUAGUUAUGUGUAGUUAAUGUCAUUGUUCAUAAUGAAUUUCUAUUGGUUUGGAACAGGGGUGUGUGUUUUACUUUAUAUGAAUUCAGUAUUUAAAAUAAUAAAUACAUUUCAAUUAGUGAGUCCUGUUUAAAAUUAUUUAAUGAUUGUUUUAAUAAAUAAAUGAUGUAUUAUUCCUAGAAGUCCUCUAGUGUCGGAGGCUUCUUCAUUAAAGUAUAUAUUUUUGCAUAUUUCAUCUGUUUUUUUUGUAACCAACAUCAUCCACAAGCUUAUAAACAUAAUUUUAGAUUCAGUGGGCUCUAUUCAACUUCCAUGACUGUUUCAUUUGUUUAAUUAAAGAAAACCUGUCCCAAUUGUUUUUGAGAGGGCUUAUCAGUUUGUUCUCUCUUUUUUAAAAAAUUACAGUUUAACCUAAGAGGUGUGCUUAAAAAGAGUCCUUCAGGUUUAGUGGCUGGGGCCUGUGCAGUUUGGGUAAAGUAUGAUUCUGCUGUGUUUCUAUGUUGCUAUGCAGUUUGGGUAAAAUAUGAUUCUGCAGUGUUUCUGUGUUGCUGUGCAGUUUGGGUAAAAUAUGAUUCUGCAGUGUUUCUGUGUUGCUGUGCAGUUUGGGUAAAGUAUGAUUCUGCAGUGUUUCUGUGUUGCUGUGCAGUUUGGGUAAAGUAUGAUUCUGCAGUGUUUCUGUGUUGCUGUGCAGUUUGGGUAAAGUAUGAUUCUGCAGUGUUUCUGUGUUGCUGUGCAGUUUGGGUAAAGUAUGAUUCUGCAGUGUUUCUGUGUUGCUGUGCAGUUUGGGUAAAGUAUGAUUCUGCAGUGUUUCUGUGUUGCUGUGCAUUUUGGGUAAAGUAUGAUUCUGCAGUGUUUCUGUGUUGCUGUGCAGUCUGGGUAUCACAUUUCCAAACAUAAACCUUUAAAAGCCAGACUUUUUCUUAAUAAGAACAUUCUGUGCAAACUUGCUGUGUGGAAACAGAUCGCCCAGCACUGAACCAGUCACAAAGAAGGGCUUUACCAUUGCAAAAGUAAGCAUUGCUGUUGUACCUUCAAAUGUGUUGAAUUAUCCUUUUUUACAUACUUGUUUUUGGUACAUAUUUCUUAUAAUGUAUAAGCUCACAUUGAUAACAUCAGCUCUAUAAUGUAUCUGUAGGUGAUUCCUGUGCAUUGGUCAGUAUCAGUAUUUGUGUUUUAUUUCCCUGAGUAAAACAGAGCUUAAGUGUAACAUUCACAUCACCACCUGCUGCUGCAGCUCAGAGCAGGAGGAGCUGUCCAGUUCACAGAGUGGCCAGAAAGCUUCUGAAUGUAAACUAACUAGACGGGGAAUGUAAACAAACUAUACAGCCAACAAGGCUGUUAUCUGGUGAAGCAGGGUACAAAGAAAGGGUAACUAUAGACAAAUGUAAUACAUAGACUCAUAUUUUAGUGGAAUAUUGAACAGUUGAGCUGGACUUUCUACUAAAAAAUAUCCAUAACAGCUAAAGAAAGAUAUCCACUGGAUGCAGAAUUGUCUUUAGUUGAGGUUAUUACCCCUAUUGAAAGCAUUUCUAUCUAUAUAUAAACUUCCAAUUGACAGCUUUUCUAAUUUCUGUCUUGUUAUGUUUUUCCCCACCAAGUAUGGAUGUGAAAUAAAGAACAUGUGAAUGAUUAAA